UCGCACGGACAAAUAUUGUUUUUGUUUGACUGAAAUAAGCGGUAGGAAAAAAUUUACUCAAAAAAAAAAGAAAGGUUAAGCACAUCAUUUUAACACAUUGACAGCACAUAAGAGUGGGAGGAAAAAAAGGAUAUUUUUGCCAGUGUACAGUUUCAAAAGGAAUUGUCAUUGUGGCGUCAUGUGGGACUCCUCGAUGUUCCUAAGUACCCUUACGCCUAAAUUUUAUGUGGCUUUGACGGGCACGUCAAGUUUGAUCUCUGGAUUAAUAUUAAUAUUCGAAUGGUGGUAUUUUCGAAAAUAUGGCACGUCGUUUAUAGAACAAGUUUCCAUCAACCAUAUAAGUCCUUGGAUUAAUGGUGGCGACACUUCCUCAGAAACGAACGGAAAUGCUAGCGGAACCAGCUCUAGCAGUGGUUCCAGUAAUGGUGGUAGUCCGCCUGGCGGUCAACAAAUGCCGGAGUGCAAAGUUUGGCGUAACCCCCUCAAUCUUUUUCGCGGUGCAGAAUAUCAACGGUUUUUCUGGGCCACUAGCAAAGAACCAUUAACUUACUACGAUAUGAACCUUAGUGCUCAGGAUCAUCAAACCUUCUUUACUUGUGAAGGAGAUGUCCGCAAGGAAGAAUAUGAAAUAAUGCAGACGGCUUGGCGCGAACGUAAUCCUGUGCAACGUAUUAAAUCGGCUCAUAACGCUUUGGAAAUCAAUCCUGAUUGUGCUCCCGCUUACAUUCUGCUAGCUGAAGAAGAAGCCACGACAAUUGUGGAGGCUGAACGCAUAUUGCGUUCAGCUUUAAAGGUUGCCGAACAAAAUUAUCGUAAAUCUCAAGCCACUCAACAUCAAGGCCCUAUAGCGGAAGGUAUGCAUCGUCGUGAUACUAAUGUACUCAUUUACAUACGACGUCGUUUAGCUAUGUGUGCUCGAAAAUUGGGAAAACUAAAAGAAGCUGCAAAAAUGUUCCGCGAUCUUACCAAGGAAAUCCCUUCCAUUAUGAAUGUGCUUAACAUUCAUGAGAAUCUCAUUGAAACGUUAUUAGAAAUGCAAGCUUAUGCAGACUGUCAAGCAGUUUUGGCUAAGUACGAUGAUAUAUCUCUACCCAAAUCGGCCACUAUUUGCUAUACGGCAGCUUUAUUGAAAGCGCGAGCGGUAGCUGAUAAGUUUUCACCAGAUAUAGCAUCCAAGCGAGGACUUAGUCCAGCUGAAAUGUGUGCAGUGGAAGCAAUACACCGGGCAGUUGAAUUUAACCCUCAUGUGCCCAAAUACCUGCUGGAGACCAAGCCUUUGAUCUUACCACCUGAGCACAUCCUUAAGAGAGGUGACUCUGAAGCUUUAGCUUAUGCCUUUUUUCACUUAAAACAUUGGAAAAAUAUUGAAGGCGCACUUAAUUUGUUGCACUGUACUUGGGAAGGCACUUUUCGAAUGCUUCCCUAUCCAUUAGAGCGCGGUCAUCUCUUCUAUCCAUAUCCCACAUGCACAGAAUGUGCUGAUCGCGAGUUGUUGCCUGCUUUUCAUGAAGUGUCCGUAUAUCCAAAAAAAGAAUUACCUUUCUUUAUACUAUUCACGGCUGGACUGUGCUCAUUUACCGCUUUGCUGGCUUUGUUGACGCACCAGUAUCCGGAACCAAUGGGCUUUUUAGCGCAAACUGUACUUACUUGGAUAUCGUACCCUUUUCAAUUACUGAAGGAACGCGUUGAAGCUUUUUGGCCCUGUAACUUGUUGCAGCAUUUGUCACGUGUCUAAACACAAAUUUUUGCAUAAUGCAAUGUUUCCUCGCCUU